CGCCCCCUCCCAAUCUCCCGUCUCCAAUCCCCGGCCGCAGCCGUGGCGUUCGAGCCGGAGCCUCAGCCCAGCCAGAGCCGGCGGCGCCAUGGCGUGCGCGGGGCUGCUUACCGUGUGCCUGGUCCGGCAGCCCGCGCCCCAGCCCCCGCGGUCUCCCACGCCAGCCACCGGUUCCGCGGGACACGCGCUCUUCCAGGAUGUUUUCCGCAGAGCAGACAAGAAUGAUGAUGGGAAGCUCUCAUUUGAGGAAUUCCGGAAUUACUUUGCUGACGGGGUUCUCAGCCCUGGGGAGCUUCGGGAGCUGUUCAGCGGCAUUGAUGGGCAGUCCACUGACAAUCUGGACACGGAGAAACUGUGUGACUACUUCUCAGAACACCUGGGUGUCUACAGGCCUGUGCUGGCUGCGCUGGAGUCCCUGAACCGUGCAGUGCUCACUGCCAUGGACACCACCAAGUUGGAGUAUGAGCGGGCCUCCAAGGUGGACCAGUUUGUGACACGCUUCCUACUGCGGGAGACGGUGAGCCAGCUACAAGCCCUGCAGAGCUCGCUGGAGGGCGCGUCAGAUACCCUGGAGGCCCAGGCCCAGACCCGUGGGCCAUGGUCAGAUGAAGAGAGAGUGGAGGUGCAGAGCAGGCCCCGUGGCAGCCGGCGGGCAGGGCGCAGGGCCUUGUGGAGCGUCAGCCGGUCACCCACCUGGUCUCCUGGCUCCUCUGACGCAGGGCAGAGUUCAGAGGCUGAGAGGCAGUGGCGGCUCCAGGUUAACCGUCUCCAGGAGCUCAUCGACCAGCUCGAGUGCAAGGCCCCCCUCCUGGAACCCCUGCAUGAAGAGGAGCUUACCAAGGGACCCAGCUCGCAUAUCCUCGUGUCCCAGAGGCAGGUUCAAGUGGCAGAAGGAGCCCUGCAGGACUUCUACCGUGCCCUGCGCUGCUAUGUGGACUUCACAGGGGCCCAGAGCCAUUGCCUGCAUGUGUCUGCUCAGAAGAUGCUAGACAAUGCCUCCUUCACCCUGUACGAGUUCUGGCGGGAUGAGGCCUCCUGGAGAAGGCACCAGCAGUCCGCCUGCAGUAAGGCCUUCCAGCGCAUCCUCAUUGACCACCUGCGGGCUCCGGAAACCCUCACCACCGUGUUCUUCCCAGCCUCCUGGUGGAUUAUGAAUAAUAACUGAUCCUGACCUGCAUUAGUCAAGGACCCGGUGGCUCUGCCUGCCUCCUGGAGCUUCUGGCUGGUCAAUUCAGCACCAAGACCAAGGAUACUGCUGAUCCUAGACCUGGGGUCUGGCUCUCAGAAGCCUCCAAGACCAGCUUGGUGGAGAGUCCUCAAUCCAGGGAUCAGGGACUGGUCUGCUUGCUUUCUAUUUCUUUCUUUAUCAGUGUAUUUUACUGUGUGUAGCUUUGGUCUCUCAGGCACUCUGGCCUCUACCUGACUCAGAAGGCCUGGAUUCUGGUUCUCUCUGCCUCUCUCUGCCUUGUUGUAUGACCCAGGGCAGAUCCCUUCCCUCUCCGCGUGAGCCUUGGACUAUCUGGCUGCCCUGUGGGUGCCUGCUUUCCUCCUGCUAUCUUGGGGCCAUGUUCUGCUCUUCCUCAACCAGCAACAGAACCAGGGCUGAUGCUCAGGGACCCCCAUCCCCACCCCAAACCUUUGACCCCUGAGGCUGAGCUGGGUCUUCUGCACUGUGGGGGAAGGGCCGGCAUAUCCCCACCACCCUCCUGGGCUGCGAGCUGCUGACUCUUCACCCUCCACUGCACCAGAGACACCUGGAAGAUCCUGGGUUGGUUUGCAUGUCAUUUGCAUAUAAUUUGCAUGUCCAUGGCCACCCAUACUCAGGACACUAUGGGAAGCCCCAAGGUGACCUUGCCCAGUAGCAAUAAUUUGGGUCUAGAGUCACCUGCUGUCCCCAGAUACCUCUGAACCUGAACCCCAGCCCACAACCCCAGCAGAGAGACAAUAAAGGCAGUGGUCACUUCUGGUGUCGCCUCCUGUCUCCCUUGGCAAGAAAGCUGGACUGUGGGGCUGGUUUGCAUCUCUGACCGUAGGCUCAGGGCAGGAAGCCUUUCUUCAGAAAUCAGCCCGUUCCCAUCUCAAGCUCCCCUGCCUCAGACGGUGGCUACUUCAUCGCCGCUGACCCAGGUCUCCUCAAUUCAGGGCCCACUCAUGCCCCCAAGCCCUGGUUCUGGGAGUGAACGUGGUCUGUGCUUUCAACCCCCACCCACAGUUGGCUGGGGGCUCUAGCUUCACCCCCCACUUUGCCAAAAGUGUGUGCAAUGGAGUUGGGGACUGAGCACAGAGCCUUCUCAGGGUCCCAGAUAGCAUAGUUGGGUUCUGUGAAACCUGUCCCCAGACAGAACCUCCCCCUCUACCCCCUUCCAGGCCACCCCUGCCAUCCAACAUAGAGCAGUUCCAGGGAAGUAAAGGCCGAGUUGGCCUGUCCAGCCUCUGGGGGAACCUUCCUUCUAGCCAUCUGGGGGGAGGGGUGCGGGCAUGGGGGUGGUGACCGACACAAGGGCUCUAAAGGGAGGGAUGUGGCACCACAAGAACAGGAUGGCCUCCGACCUUGUCUGGGGGCGUUGGGUGAGGAGUUGUCAGGCUUUGAGGGGAAGGAGAACUUGCCUCGUUGAACUGAAAGAAGCCAGCUGUGGGCUGCAGCUGGGGAGGGGGAAAUGGGCUGAAACCAAGGCGGGGAGGUGGCAGGGCCUCGAAAGUGCUUCAUCCUAGGAAGCCGUGGUAGCCUUGAAGCCAGGUGUGACUGGCCAGUGGCUGAGUGACAUUUCACCAAUGUUUUGAAUGCCCCAGUGGUGCCAGGUCCUUGCUGGGCACAGGGGCAUGGCCAGGAAUACAGCUCAGAUGGUGGCAGCUCAGGGUAGAUGACCUAGACUGGGACUCCAGGUAGGGUUUUCCCCGAGGUUUCUCCCCAGUGACCCCUGCAGGGGUUGAGACUCCUUGGCCAGCACUAUGCCAGGCUGCUCUCCUGCCACCCAACUUCCCAGACUGCUGAGUGUUCCUAGAAACCGCUGCCAGCUCCUGCGCCCACAGCUCGGGGUGGGCUUGCUAGAGAAGAAGCCCACUUAGGGUAAAUGUGCUUUCUGUUCUGUGUUCUAAUGUUUCCGCUCCUUCCACAAAAAAGCAACAGCAAAUCCUCAAAACAAAACAAACUUCCCAUUGCCAUCUUAGAGCAAAGAUACUGAAAUCCUCAAGCUGACACCUCUCAAGGGUCUCCUUAGAUUUUGUACCCUUGCCUGCCUCUCUGGAGUUGUAAAAGUUAACACCUAAAAAAAAAAGGGAGGGGCUGUGUCCUCCCUCCCUUGCUGAAGGCUUGGAGGUGCUGGGGAGGGUCAGGGAAGGCCUCUUGAAAAUGGUGAUGUUUGCUUUGAGCUGUGAGAGAUUAGUAGGGGGUCUCCAGACAGAUGUUCAGGCAGACAGGCAGUGGGAAUACGGCAAAGGGAGCAGAAGGUGGAUCUUGGAGGAUAAGGGAUUGGAGGCAAGCCAGGGGGGCCAGACCAGAGGGGGUGAGCCAGGAGGU